UUCAGUCCUAAUGAAAAACAUUCAACAAAUUAUUUUUAGUAUGUAUUAUGCAUUGUAUUAUGUAUUUUAGUAUGUAUACGUGCUUAAUAAAACUAAUUUGGUGAAGCUUUUUUUUACAGAGAUGUACUUACAUCUCUGUAUUUAUGAUUUCACAAGCAGUUUUAUGUGCGUCAGAAGUAAGAAUGCAUUGCGAGGAUUUCUAGUUCCAUCAAUUUUUUUUAAAAUUAAAUUAAUUAUUAUAGGAUUUGUGUAAUUUUAAAAGGUCAGAAUUUUAGUUUUGUUAAAGUUACGUACUAUUUACACAAGUCAAAGGGAAAUGUUCACCUUGUGCGCCGUAUUAAUUUUUGUGGCCAUCAGUGUCUAUUAUUUUCUUUGGGGGGGACGAUAAUUCCAACGAACCUCCUGGUCCCAAACCAUGGCCAAUUAUUGGAAAUCUAUUACAUUUGGGGAACGCGUCGGAUGACUCGACAUUGGCGAUGGGAAUACUGGCGGAAAAGUAUGGAGAAAUAUAUUCGUUAAAGAUGGGAUUCAAAAAAACGGUCAUCCUUACAUCUAUGGAAGCCAUGAAGACCAUUUUCACAAACGAGGCUGCUUUUGGACGUGAUAUUACAGGAAUGAGCGGAGACAGAAUUUUACACAAAAAUAUCGGCAUUGCUUCAUCAACCGGGAAAAUGUGGGAAAAGACGAGAACUUGGACGUUUAGAACGUUAAAAGACUUCGGUUUCGGAAAAUCCUUGGAUAUGGAAUGUUUCAUUAAAACCGCAUCACAAUCCUUGUUUGCCGAUAUUGAUAGUAAAAUUGAGACGCAAAGUGGGGUCAUUGAAAUUGAUCGGUACUUUAACGCGUCCAUUCUCGCCAUAAUGUGGAAAAUGAUCGUGGGUCGCAUUAUCCCGGAGGAUGAGCCCAAUAUGGAAGCUAUAUCGGAAAAAGGACAUGCGUUCAUGCGGAGUGGCGUCCUCGGGAUGGGAAUCGUCAACGCUUAUCCAUUUUUGAGACACAUUUUCCCAAAAACCUUGGGAUAUACUGUGCAGAUGGACUAUUUUACAACAUGUAACAGGGUUGGAAAGCAUCUUUUCCUUGAGAUGGAAAAUGAGUUAAACUCGUCCCAAUUGACUUCCCAUCACAAUUCUUUACUUGAAAAAUUCGUUCAAAAUUAUACUGCAGGAAAUGAUCCCGAGUUGUUUAAUUGUGAAAACUUCCAACUAAUAUUUCAAGAUCUCCUCCUCGGAAGUACAGACACAUCCGCGACAUUCAUGGAAAUCGUCGUCCUUUACCUCAUUGUUUAUCCGGCCGUUCAGGAGAAAGUGUAUCAAGAAAUUUUACGCGUUUCCCCCAACGGAAGAGAUAUCAGUUAUUCGGAUCGGAAAGAUAUGCCAUACACGCAAGCCUACUUUUUGGAAACACAUCGAAAAGCGAGAAUGCUCCAAAACCUAUUGCCAAGAGUCGCCCUGACCGAUAUACCGUAUAAGAACUACAUUAUUAAAAAGGGUACCCUCAUAAUUUGCGAUACGAGAUUAUAUUACGAGGACAAGGAGAGAUGGGGGGACCCUGAGGAAUUCCGACCGGAGCGAUUCAUUGGCGAAAAUGGAGAACUUAUAAAUGCGUCGAGCGUCAUGCCAUUUUCGUUCGGAAAGAGAAACUGUCCUGGAGAACUGCAGGCAAAUAUUGUCGCAUUUCUGAUGGUCACCUCCCUCCUGAAAAAAUACAAGUUAAGCGUCCCUGAUGGAGAGGCAAUGCCCAGAUUGGAUAUGACAGUAGGAAUCACAAUGAAACCGCAUCCAUUUAAGGCAAAAUUUGUGCGACGAUAGAUUUAUCGGGUUUUGCCAGAUGCAAAUGGUAGUACAUAAUUUCAUCAUAUGCAUAGUCAAUUUCAAUGAAUUUCAAGUGAAUAAUAAUUUCUUAAUGGGAUUACGUA